CUUGCAGAUCACACUGUCCUUUCUGUAGGCGGGGUCAGAGUUUAGCAGACGGAUAACGGAUUAGCAUCUUUGGUGUCUCGCCUUCUUUGGUUCUACAACCGUUUUCAUUAUUGCUAAAUGCAUGGAAGCUAGCUACGUUAGCUCUACCUUGUAAAGUGGUGUUAGAGGUGACUAGCGUGCCAAGGAUCUGGGGAAUAUUACCCUGUUUUAUUGGACCUCCUCACCGCAAACAUUUGUAAACUGGUAGCGAUACACUGCUCUCAACUCAGGAACAGUUUCAUCAUAGGAACCAUGGAGGAACGAUGUAGCUAAAGGUGGCUAACGUUAGUCCCGCUUUCAGUUUCAGUGUUUCUUCAGCUGCUGGUAUGUCACUAAACUAUGUAUAUAGAAAUAAUCGCCAAUAUCAGAGAACCAGAGCACUUUCAGCAGUAGCAGCACGUUUAGCAGGUUCAGUCAUGAAAAACUAAGCAGCUGUCAACCAUCCUCACGGUUCAUCUGCAUGCCCAAACCUUAGUGGCCAAGGUCAAGUGGCUACAUCCACGGACAAUGUGAAAAUACACCAUGUUAAAUGGGAUGCAAGAUCGACUGUAGAGGAUAUCUUAUUUGUCUCCAGGAAAACAAUUUGAAACGUUUGUAGCCUAAACGGGUGCAUCAAUGAACGAGGAACCACGUGAGAGCCCGCUCCCCGGCAGAGAGCCUGUGGAAAAAGAUGUGGUACAAAGCACAGAGAAGAACAGCAGCGAAGCAGAAAACACCUCCGAGGUAGCACCAACACGGGAGCCUUUGGCACCCUCAGGCAGUCUCGGAACAAAGGGAAACUCCAGCUCAGAUCCUGUAAAGGGAACUCCAGGAGAUGAAACGGAGGAGGCUAAGGCCACUGGUGGGGAGCCUCCUGUUGACUGGUUUGAGCCACUGGAGGAUGACGAUGAUAGCUUUGGUAGGAAUGAUCCAGAGGAAGAAAGCCUGGCAGGAGAAAGUGAAAAGAGUGAGAGUGUGGCAGACAGCGAGAAGACCUUCAGAAGGAUUUAUCAGCUUCAGCUUCCCCGCCGUAAGCGAUCACAUCCAGAUGAAGGAUGGGAUGACUGGCCAAUACUUGGAGAGGGUUGGAAACGCAAAGAAGUUGUCCGGCGCUCAGGUUCUAGCAUAGGACAGAAGGAUGUCUAUUACCUGAGUCCGCGUGGUGAUCGAGUGAGAAGUCGAGUAGAACUGAUUUCAGUGCUGGAGGGAAUGUUUGACUUGUCAACCUUUGAAUACAAGUCAGGAAAGUUCCUAGAUGGUCAAGCACCACCCAUAAGAAUUCGAAACAGAGCAAAGAAAAAAAUCCGGGAGCGCUCUUCCUCGGAGUCCAGCUGGAUGGAGAGAGGAGAGGGGGCCGACACUCCAGACUCCUACCACAGGCUCACCCCCAGCGUGGGGCCCAAAAACCUCUACUCCAACCAGUCAAGUUUCUCCUUGUACAGUACAAUAGGAACUCCAAACGAAGGCUCUCGCAAUGAGAAUCCACCAGCGGAAGAUAAAAUUAAACUUCCCCUUCCCUCAUCAUCCAGAGCACUUCCGCUUCCCUCCGUAAAUGGAGAAAUUGGUUCCGAGGACAGCACACUGGUCUGUGCCAGAUGUGGUAUUUCCUUCACAGGCACAUGGUAUGACAAACAAAGGAAGAGGCCCUGCUGUCCCAGCUGUUGGGCAGCCUCAAAGACAAAAGAGCAUCCGAUGGUUCGGUUCAGAAAGUGGAUUCCUUGUGGACAGUGUGUGGGAUGCCACAACACAGUGAACUGUGGGCAGUGUGCCAACUGCAAGCAUGGACAGCAGAGCAAAGAGUCCCGGAAACGCCUAUGUCGGAAACGCAAAUGUAUAUGUCCUAUUCGCAAGGACCCUGGAAGUGGAGCCUUCCUGCUGCAGAGGCCUUAUAAUGACAUUCCUGAAACGUUUGAUGACAGCAUGAGUUUCCAGAGUGAAGUUACAGACUCGCAGCACCCAAGUCUCAAAAGCAGCGACACAGAGAACUUCUCCGUCAACGUGGACGUUGAUGAUGAGGAUGACAUGUCAACUGACGAUGAUGAUGAUCAGUGGCAAACAGAAUUUUCCAGGGCCAGGUGUUUAGUUCUUGACAGGUGGCAUAAGAAGCGGAAGCGACGGUCCUGUGGAGAAUGCAAAGCCUGCCUCUGCAGGAAAGACUGUGGCACAUGUGAUUUCUGUAUAGACAAGCCAAAGUUUGGUGGCAGCAACAAGAAGAGGCAGAAGUGUCGACUACGUCAGUGUCAGAGACAGGCAAUGAGACACUUGCUGCCUUUCCAGAUGGGACAAGGUGACUAUGGGCCAGAUGGCUCAAUGCUGCCGGGCCGGCCUAGACCUCACUACACAUACAGUCGGAAGUCAGGUUUAAAGAAAAACAAAGGACCGCUGUCUGGCUUGGACUUAACUGACAAUGAAGAUGAGGACAGUAACUUACAAGCAAUGAACUGGAGCUCUGAACCUGCCAGUGGUAGCAAACACAUGUAUGAACUGAAUGUGAGAAACCAAUCAUCUAUGCAGUUGAAUUAUUUGGAUUUCAGACAGCAGAAUGGACUGUCUGACAGAGUUCCUCACUUCAGCAACCACAACAACUCUGAACUAGACCAGCUAAGCAGAUGGGAUGCAGACAAAUCACACGCAGGUAGAGAUGUUCCAAAGCAUGGUGAAGUGGAAGAUGAAGAAGAGGGAGAAGAAGAAGAAGAAGAGGAGUUCCCCAUGAUCACACAGAUCUUCAGUUUGGCUGAUAACCCAUCUGGGAGUGGUGCGGACAUGGAAAACCAGCUAAUGAAACUGCUACACUCUUUGCGUUCCACUGUAAUGCCAAUCCUAUGGUAUGCCAUCAUGGUGGAGGGCCCGCAGAUACAGCUCAUCCAGUGUUGUAAACAGUCCAACCUGACAGACACCAUGGUGCUGAUCGACCCAGGCUUCUGCUAUCAAGUCACCGUCCAAAAGCAGCCGCUGCUCCCCACCCACCCGCUGUACGACAACUACCCUGCCCACUUAACCUCUGUGACUGAUGUGAUCAAUCUGCUUUUGGGCCUGGAGAAGUACGUUGUGUGCCAGGGACUGCCCCCCAAAGAGCCUUUAUCUAAUACAGACCCAAUAAUACUGGAGCGGGCAUCAACAUGUGAUUUCUUGGUUAAGAGGAACGUGAGCAGAUGUACUAACUGCAGAGCGCUGCAAGGACUUUGACUUCAGCAGAGACAGGAGAAGAUCUGUGACCACAGUGGAGACCACUUGUUCUCUGGACAACUUUGUGCUGUUUUCUUAAUACUGUUUCAGUUGUUCUUUUGGUGAUAAUAUAUGAAAUAUUUACAGAUUUACCUCCAUACUGUAAUAGGAGGAUUUGAUUAUUUGAAGAAUCACCAAAGGCAUUCCAGGAGUUGUGAUGUUAUAAUCAAGGCGUGUUUCUUCCCAGAUGUCUUCUGUUGAUCUUGGUGUAGGGCUUCUCUUCAUGACUGUUACUGUAUGUCAGAUGUUGGGCAGUGAUGGGUAGAGCUGAAAUCCAUUAGCCCACUGUGUGGUUAGUGUUCUGUUGGUUGAUUGACACUCUUACUUGAGAAAUCAAUAACCCUAACCCCCACCAUACACUUUUGUGUAGGUGUUUAACCCCAAAUUUUCUCUUUUUCUCACCCCAAAACCCUCUUAUCUUUUCACCAGCAACAUUGGACACUGUGUCAGCAAUGUUGCCAUAUCUAAUGGAGUUAACCAGCAGCCUGAAGUCUUUUGGACACAUCAAAAAUGUCAUUUUCCACCUCUUUCAUGUUGUAGUGAUUACAAUAUAAUGUUUGCUUCACUUCAUUUUUUUGUUUGUUAUAUUCACCCCAAAAAAAAGUGUUGUUGAACGUGUUGCAACACUUUUUUUUCGUGCUAUACUGGCAGUGUUUAUAAAAAUGUAUUCAUCGCCAUGUGCACUUAUGAUUUUCUAAUUGAAUCUCAGUGGAUGUAAAAAAAAAAAAAUAAAUAAAAGAAGAAGCAAAAGGUGGAAUAUAAACGUCUUCAAAUUCACCAAAAUAAAACAUAAAACACAGUGAGUGAGGACCUAAAUAUUCACCUUCUUCACUCGAACCUGAAUCAGAGGGGAAUAUAAUUCGUUAUAAAAGUCCCACAAUGUGUAGAAUUUAGCAAGUCUAACAUAUCUACAACAAAACUACUAAAAAGCACCAAUCAAGAAGGAUACUAGAAUAUUUUCAAGAAUCCAAAUAUCUCAUUGAGCAUAAAGGUCAGUCAUGAUGACGUACAUGAUGGUUGGGAGACAGCAUUCAGACUGUUGCUUUAACAGUUGCAGCUUCAUGUCAGAGAGGCAAAGAGAAUUGCCACUAUUAAGAAACACCUCACACAUCUGGGGUAGUGAUUGUCAGAAGAUGUGAGAGACUGAAGCCAAAUUGAAUUAAGGUUCUAUGGUCAUAUUAAAAAUAGCAAUGUUAUUGUCCUGGAGUUCAGACAUCCGUUAUCUUUAACAAUUGCUGCAGGCCUUGAAAAGUCCCCAAAUAACCUGGCCGAGGGUAUUGACUCGACAUGAGUUGAAUACUUCAGCGGUCAUUUAGUUCAUGUGAUAUAUUUGUAAUACUUUUUGAUCAAUUUGAUAUCUUUUUUUUCAGAUUAUCACUGUUAGCUUUUUAAAAGUGAUGCAGUAAAGCUACUCUGUUGUCAGAUUUAAAAACGAAUGAACGUUUUACAACUCACAAAUUAAAUUUAUCUGUAACACUGCUUAGUAAAUAUUCUUCCUAGGGCUGGGCAAAAUAUCGAUGUAUCGAUAUCGUGAUAUGAGACUAGGUAUCGUCAUUGAUUUUGGAUAUUGUAAUAUGGCUUACGUUUAGUCUUUUCCUGGUUUAAAGGUUACAGUAAAGUGAUGUAAUUUUCUGAACUCACCCAGACUAUUGUAGCCGUUCUGUUAUUUGCUUCUAACCACUUAUUCAUUAUAUCCACUUUACUGAUGAUUAUUUAUCUUAUAUUGUCAGUCCAACAAUAUCGUCGCAGUAUCGACAUUGAGGUAUUUGGUCAAUAAUACGGUGAUAUCUGAUUUACUACAUAUCGCCCAGCCCUAAUCUCUCCCAUAGACAAUAUUAUAUUAGCAGAAACCGAUCAGAAUCUUUUCCACACAUCAUCAUUUUUAGACUGUGGCUGAGGCUUUUGCACUCAGUGAGACAGCAGAUGGUAUAAUUUAUUGGCAGAUUCAACAUCUGACAUAUGGUCAAAUUAAAUAAUACUGAGAUCAGAGUACUUCCUUUAGUAUAAUGCGUUGUAGAAUGUAUUUCCCAAAAUUAUAUCUUUAAAUGAAACGGCUGGUGUAGCCAAAACUCAUCUUCAUAGAUGACAUUUUUUAUUUAUUAGGAUGUCUUUCAAUUUCUGUUUUUGACUAGUAUGAUUAUUGGUAUUGGUAAAUUGUAUAGGAAUUACAUUUUUCUCCCGCCCCCCUCUCCAUUGGGAUGUUUAUGCAGUAAUGCAAUGACUUUCUUGAAAUGAAAUGUUUGGGAUCAGUUAAUAUUUCUUAAAAAAAAGCUAUUGUCAUUUAGUAUUUGAAUUAAAACCUUAAAGAAUUGAAACAAACUUUGUUUUUCUGAAGGCAGUGUGCAAAUAAACUUGUCUUGUCUUUUUAUAAUAUUUAUCAAA